CCUCAAGCUCUAUAAAUUAAGGGGCACUCCCACCAACUCUCUUCACUCACUCAUCAAACUAAUUGCUCUCUCUCUCUAACUACCUUCUACUCCUCAAAGAAACAAGAAAUGGCUUUCAUUGGCUUGCUUUUGGUGUGUUCCCUCACUAUGUUCUCAUCUGUUCAUGCCUAUGCUGAAGCAUGGACUAAUGCUCAUGCUACCUUCUAUGGAGGCAGUGAUGCAUCAGGAACAAUGGGUGGGGCUUGUGGAUAUGGUAACCUUUACAGUCAAGGGUAUGGAACAAACACUGCUGCUUUGAGCACAGCACUUUUCAACAACGGUUUAAGCUGUGGCUCUUGCUAUGAAAUUAAAUGUGCAGGUGACCAUAAAUGGUGCCUUCCUGGCUCCAUUGUUGUCACUGCUACCAACUUCUGUCCACCAAACAAUGCCUUGCCUAAUAAUGCAGGUGGUUGGUGUAACCCUCCUCUCCAACAUUUUGAUCUUGCUCAACCUGUUUUUCUUCAUAUUGCUCAAUACAAAGCUGGAAUCGUUCCUGUAUCUUACAGAAGGGUAUCCUGCAGGAGAAAGGGAGGUAUAAGGUUCACUAUCAAUGGACAUUCUUACUUCAACCUUGUUCUUAUCACAAACGUUGGUGGUGCUGGUGAUGUGGUUGCUGCUUUCAUCAAAGGGUCAAAAACUGGUUGGAUUUCGAUGUCAAGAAACUGGGGACAGAACUGGCAGAGCAACAAUUAUCUUAACGGUCAAAGCUUGUCUUUUAAGGUUACAACAAGUGAUGGUCGAACUGUGGUCUCCAAUAAUGUUGCUCCAGCUGGAUGGUCAUUUGGUCAAACAUACACUGGUGCUCAAAUCCACUAGAGCAGCAACAUGUUGAAGUCUUCAAUUUAGGAAUACUAUACAUGUUAGUAGUUUAGUACCAUUCAAUAGUAUACUAGGUUAUUAGAUAGUAUGCUGUUUGGUAAGAGGGGUUUGGUUUUGGUUGGGAGUUUUAGAGGAAACUGAAGGGCAUAUAUUAUCAUGGCUCUUCAUUUUAGGUCUAUCUUGGUUAGUGUGGUGUUUGCUUUUUGUGCUUUUGAGAAGUUUUCUUUUUUUUUUACCAUUCUGCUAAGAAAUAGUAGAAGUUAGCAGAAGGGGAUAUUUAUGUUUUUUUUGAGUUAAGUACUAAAUUGGAGGAGGUGGAAUAUGAUACCACCCGCUAUAUUUAGUAUUGGAGUGUGGUGUUUUUAAUAUUGGAGUAUGUCUUUGUUUGUAUUAGAGAGUGAAAGUGUAAAGUUUCUUAUUAAUGAUCAAUGAAGUAAUUUAACUAUUAAGCUU